AUGGUAGAGGCAGCUCUUCUGGGUGACCCAGAUAACGAAGAACUGAAGAAGCUUAAAGCUGAUCUUGAAGAAGUUAUAGCACUUCAGGAAGAAUUGGCUAGCACCUCUGCCUCUAGUUCGGCCCAUGAAACAGCUAGAGUAGCCGCUCCCGCAAAGAAAUAUGAGCGGGUCAGAAGACAAUUUGUCGAGUCUUCUGCAUCUCAAGUGUCUGCAUUUCCAGAUACUGGUAAAAAGAACUACGUAUUCGACACCCGCAGUGCCAUGUCGAAGACUGCCGCGAAUAAAAAAGAAUGGCUGGCUGAACGGGAGCGACGCCGUCUUCGAGCUCAGAAAAAGGAAAUGAAGAGAAAGGAACUUGAUUUGGCCAAAGAAACUGAGAAGAAUAGUUGGCUCAAAUUCAAUAAUAAGGCACUUACAAAAGGAAUUAAGGUUUGUUGUGGUGAAAUAGUCAUUUUCGCGCUAAUUAUCCUAGACCCAUUUACAACUGUAAUGCUCAUCAAGCUUCUGAAGUCUGUUCUUCUGUUUAAGGGCAUGAAGCGAGUAGUUGCCACCGGUUCUGCUCAAGAUGGUCCUGCUGGUGGAGUCAAAUCUCAGACGAUUAUCUCGUCGCGGGCUAAUCAGUUUGCGUUCAAAUCAGCACGAGGCGCUAUGGAUUCGCUUUUUUAA